UUACACGUUCAACAAUGUUUGCUAGCCAAAUAUAGUAGGCGAUUGAGAUGAUGAAGGAAACUGUGGUAAGCAAUCAUCAGUUUCCGAUAGGUCUGAUGAAUUUAAAAUAUAAAUGGUCUACGUAUAAUUCUGAUAGAGUACUGGAUUAAGAGUUGUUUGCUGUUCACCAGGAUGAUUGUUAAAUCAAAUAUCUUCAGAGUUGCUCGAAACUUUACAACAUCCACUCAGUUCUCCCCGAGAAUCACAAAACCAGAGAAACCAAUUUUAACUGAAGAGUUGUGUAAUCAGUUUUUAGAUAAAAAACCAGAUUUAUUAACGUUAAGGAAGCUUCACUCAAAGAUCAUAGUUGAUGAUCAAUUGAAUUCGAAUUCAUCUUUGGGUCUUAAACUGAUGAGAGCUUACUCUGCUUGUAAACAACCAGCAAUUACCCGUCAACUGUUCGAUGAAAUUCCUGAUAGAAAUGUUGUUUUCUUUAAUGUCAUGAUCAGAAGUUAUGUUAACAAUCAUUACUUUCAAGACGCUAUUUUUGUUUAUAAGAACAUAUCUAGUCAUGGAAUUCAGCCUGAUAAUUACACAUAUCCUUGUGUGCUGAAAGCUUGUUCUUGCUCGAGUAAUUUACAGGUUGGGAUUCAGAUACAUGGUGCUGUUAUCAAAGUUGGACUGGAUUCAAAUCUGUUUGUUGUGAAUGGCUUAAUUGCAAUGUACGGGAAAUGUGAUUCUGUUCUUGAAGCAAGGAUGGUUCUUGAUGGUAUGAAUCAAAGAGAUGUUGUUUCUUGGAAUUCUAUGGUUGCUGGGUAUGCCCAAAAUGGGCGGUUCAAUGAAGCGCUGGAAAUCUGUAAAGAAAUGAAGUUGGAAAGACUAAGGCCUGAUGCUGGAACUAUGGCUAGUCUCUCACCAGCUAUAACAAGUACUUUACCUGAAAAUAUUUCUUUCGUUAAGGCGAUGUUUGAUGAAAUGUCAGAUAAAGGUUUGGUUUCUUGGAAUGUGAUGAUAGCCGUAUAUGUGAAUAAUUCGAUGCCUGAUGAAGCUAUUGAGCUUUAUUCGCAGAUGGAAAUUCACGGAAUAGAACCUAAUGUUGUUACUAUUGCUACUAUUCUUCCUGCUUGUGGGGAUUUAUCAGCUUUCAUGCAAGGAAAAAAGAUUCAUGAGUAUGUUGUCAGAAAAAAACUUGCUCCAAAUUUGGUCCUGGAGAAUGCUUUAAUUGAUAUGUAUGCUAAAUGUGGGUGUUUAGUAGAAGCGAGAAAAAUAUUUGGUCAGAUGAGAAACCGGGAUAUUGUUACAUGGACUUCCCUGAUUUCUGCUUAUGGUAUGAGCGGCCAAGGUCGUGAUGCGGUUGAUCUUUUCUCAAAAAUGCUGGAUUCCGGUUUGAUUCCAGAUCAAAUUGCAUUUGUUUCUGUCUUGUCUGCCUGCAGCCAUUCGGGUUUAUUGACAGAGGGUCGGCAUUACUAUAAAGUGAUGACUGAUGAAUACAAAAUAGUCCCAAGAAUAGAGCAUUUUUCUUGUAUGGUUGAUCUUUUAGGUCGUGCAGGGAAUAUCGAUGAAGCUUAUAAUUUUGUCAAGCAGAUGCCACUUGAACCAAAUGAGAGAAUCUGGGGAGCUUUAUUAAGUGCUUGCAGAGUUCACUCCAAUAUGGAGAUUGGGCUAGUUGCUGCGGAUCGUCUUUUCCAGUUGUCUCCCGAGCAGGCUGGAUAUUAUGUGUUGCUAUCCAAUAUAUAUGCAAAAGCUGGUAGAUUUGAAGAUGUUACAACUGUUCGGUCGAUCAUGAAGAGCAAAGGAAUCCAGAAUCUGCCCGGUUGCAGCGUUGUUGAGCUUGGUAAUAAAGUUUAUAGUUUUCUAGUUGGAGACCGUUCGCAUCUGCAAUCAGAACAAAUUUAUGCCGAGUUAGAUGUAUUAUUUGGUAAAAUGAAAGAACUAGGGUAUGUUCCUGAGACAGAUUCUGCUCUCCAUGAUGUGGAGGAGGAAGAAAAAGAAUGCCAUUUAGCAAUCCACGGUGAGAAGUUAGCUAUUGCUUUUGCAUUGAUAAAUACGGAGCCAGGGUCACCUAUCAGGAUUACCAAGAACCUACCAAUUUGUGGUGACUGUCAUAUUGCUGCUAAGCUCAUCUCCAAGAUCACUGAACGUGGAAUUAUUGUUCGUGACACUAACCGGUUUCACCACUUCCGAGUUGGGGAAUGCUCAUGUGGGGAUUACUGGUAACACUUUAUGCAAAGGUUACCCAAAUCUUCAUUAGACACUUACUUUACACUUGGGUAGAUGGAGACUACUCUAUCGUAGUCAUAGUGAUUCUUUACCAGCUUGAACACAACAAAGAGGCGUACAGAGAAGUCUGGCAUUGAUUGAACUGUCUACCAAGUCACAAGUUUUCUUCAAGUGCCGUGCAUUUCCUAAAACAGAAUGCGGUUGAUCGAACAUGAAACCUGUCAGCCAUGGGUUCACCCUAGAAUCCAACCGUAUAUUCAAGCCAUUGUUCAGUCUUCCUAGAGAUGUCAAAGGUGCAUACUACAUUUCUCUGUUUUUUCUUCAUGCGAGAGGGACACCCAUUUUUGUAUGUCAAAAGGCUUGAUGCAUCGUGCCAUGAAAUAUAAACCCAGGUCCACAGCCAUUUGGGAACAAUGCAAUUAAGGGCUGAAAAGAGCGCCUCA